AUUUUUCCGGAACGAACGACUGUAUAUACUGUACUUAGGGUUGGUCUCUCGUUUAUUUGUGGCUGUAGUGGCAGAAUAUACACGAAAUUGUCGGAAAGUAGACAAAAACAGUGAGGUCUGCCCGGAUCUAAAGAAGUGUUUGUCUCACCACAGGCUUUUCAGUGCUACUUCGGCGGGUCAGCAUUAGGCAGCCUCACCCCACAGCCUGGGUCUGGUGGAUCCACCCUGCUCUUGUCAGCCACCGCCGAAACUCUGUUGGACGGUGAAUCUGCAGUCCUGUAUACUAUACAAGAGAACGAGUUUUCCAUCAUGAACUGCGACAUAGACGGAGACAUGGAGAACCAGGUGGAGUUGGAGGAGAAGACAAGGUUAAUAAAUCAAGUUUUGGAGCUUCAGCACACAUUGGAAGAUCUGUCAGCGCGAGUCGAUGCCGUCAAGGAGGAGAACCUGAAGUUAAAGUCGGAGAACCAGGUCCUCGGUCAGUACAUCGAGAACCUCAUGUCGGCCUCCAGUGUCUUCCAGACCACUGACACUAAGAGCAAACGGAAGUGAGCUACCCUCGGGAAAAAACGGAGAUCCCCAGGUCAGCAUUUGUGAGAGGAAGCCCACUGUGAAGACAUUGAGAGGGGUUUUUUUUUCUCCCCAAACCUUGAUGUUUUCUGCAAGCAUCUGAGCUCUCUUACCUCAGUCAAAACUAACAAUUUAAUAAUUAGAAACAUAAACUGACUUUUUCACCCAUCCAGUUGGCUCAGAAAUAGAUACAUUUCAUGUUAGUCUGGCCCAGGUCUGUUUAGCAGCAGCUUCCUCUCCACACUACAGAUGAGGUAGACUUCACCCUUUAACCACUGACACAAAAACACAACCAGAGCAUGUGUAUGAAGUUGGUUGAGGGUCAUGUGUACCUUGAGUUUCUUCUUAAUGCUUUCUAUCAAAGUAGUGUCUGUAAAAUAAUUCUUAGCUAUGUUUUGCCUGCUUGAUUUUUUUGUUUGAGGACAAUUCUGACUUUUCUGUGGUUUUCCUGACUUUCUGACAGUGUUCCUGCCUCAACUGAUUUGUAAAUGGGCUAAAACUAGCCAUAAACCUUACAAAUACUGUUUGACCAAGAACCUGAUUUUCCACACUGAUUUACUUUCUUAUUUAUUUUUUUGUAAAGUAUUUUCUACGUCAGCUGGAUCUGAGUUUUUGGUAGUUCUUGGAUGUCAUCUUGUCUGUAUAAAGCAUGACUGUAUUCCUCCUUUCCCUCCAAAACUGGACAGUAUUACUGAAAAUGAUAAAUAUAUUUAGACGGCAUGUGUGAGUAAUACAUCUCUUAAAUGAUUUUUUUUUUUUUUUUUUUUUUUUGAACAGUUUAGCAUAUCUUAUGAAAUGCCAUUAAAUUAGUCACUGAAUUGCAGACUUGAGAGCUACUGAGAACUUCUUAACGAUAGUAGGUGGCUGGUAGAUACAUUCAGGUACCAUGGAGAGCUCUGCAACAAUAUAAGUAAAAGCACAGAGAAACUAAAAGUUGUGUGAACAAUCACUCCAUAAAAGUGUAGGUCUUAACCAACAUCAGUGAUGUUUUUAUCGUAAGUGGGUGAGUUUUAAAUCACUGACACAAGACUUUCUUUAUGUCCUUAAAAGUAUUUGCAAGCCUUUAAAUUUAUCUGGUCAUAAAUGACUGUAAUGCAGCACUGACAGAGGGGGCGGGUGCUUUCCCCUUUAACCGCAAAAACAAAAGCUGUAAAGACGCCUUGAGUGAUAUUGAUCCACUCAUUCGGGCCUGGAAAAGACGCUGAUGUCCUGAUUUUACAGCAGAGUGGAGGAUGUGUCCUAAGAGCUCUGCUGCCUCAGAUAAAAACAUUAAAAAGGGAUAAGUGCAUGAAGAUGUAAUUACAUGAUUUCAACAAUUUUUUAUUACCUUUAAACUGAAGUAUCCGGCGCAGUAGUUCUGGAAAGCAGUAAUUCAUGUGUAAACAUCAAGUGACUUCGGUGCUGUUUAAAAAAGGGAAGAACUGGUAGUUACAGGAGGCUUUAAACACUGUAUAUGCGGUCAUCUAUUGGUUAUUUUGAUAUUUUUAAACAGUUGUACAGUAGUAUUUCAUUAAUUUCUGACAUGCUAAACAUGCCCUACCAACACACACCCUGCUACCAACUUGUAUUGUAUGUAGACUCACUGUAACUUUGCCUUUAAACAUUUGUUUAAUAAAAACCUAAGAUCA